CCAUUGGAUGGUGUGAAAAUUCUUGAUUUAACAAGGGUGCUUGCAGGACCCUUUGCCACAAUGAAUUUAGGAGAUCUAGGGGCUGAAGUUAUCAAAGUGGAAAGACCAGGAGCUGGUGAUGAUACACGAGCCUGGGGUCCACCUUUUGUUGGAACAGAAAGUGUUUAUUUUCUCAGUGUCAACAGAAAUAAAAAGAGUAUAGCUAUCAACAUGAAGGAUGCAAAAGGAGCAAAGCUGAUCAGAGAGCUUGCAGCAGUGUCUGAUGUUUUUGUGGAAAACUACGUCCCUGGGAAACUGGCUGAAAUGGGUCUAGGUUAUGAAGACAUUAAAAAGAUUGCUCCUCACAUAGUGUACUGUUCACUAACAGGCUAUGGUCAGACUGGUCCAAUGGUUCAGAGAGGUGGAUAUGACUCCAUUGCAGCUGCUGUUUCUGGUCUCAUGCAUAUCACAGGGCAUGAGGAUGGUGAGCCAGUUAGACCAGGAGUAGCCAUGACAGACCUCGCCACUGGGUUGUAUGCGUACGGGGCGAUCAUGGCUGGUUUACUGCAGAGGUACAGGACGGGGAAAGGGCUGCACAUCGACUGCAAUCUCCUCUCAUCUCAGGUUGCAUGUCUCACUCAUGUAGCAGCUAAUUACCUUAAUUGCAAAAUGGAAGCAAGACGCUGGGGUACCGCUCAUGGGAGUAUUGUUCCGUAUCAG